AUGACUGAGCUUGAGAAAAGGAAUCUCGAGCAGAUACAAACAAAUGCAACCGACGCUGCAGAGCUCGAUCAGCCUGUCAAAGUCGACACGGUACAUGGCGAUGAAGCAACCAAAGUCCUUGCCAACUACAACGGACCGCUUGAAUGGGCACCAGAAGAGGAGAAAAAGCUCAUUCGAAAAAUCGAUCGUCGACUCUUGUCGAUAUUGGUCUUGACGUAUGGUCUUCAGUACUAUGACAAAGCCAUGCUGUCUCAAGCUGCACUAUUCGGACUUCGCGAUGAUUUAGAACUUCGAAUUGGCAAUCGAUACUCCAUGUCAUCCGCAAUCUUUUACUUGGGCUUCAUCUGCGGCGCAUACCCAGCAAUCGUGCUCUCACAACGCUAUCCCAUCGAAAGAGUCAUGGCAGGCAUUGUUUGUCUAUGGGGAAUUUGCCUCAUUUGCACCGCCGCAGUCCACAACUACCAAGCCCUAUUCGCCCAACGCUUCUUCCUCGGCCUCCUCGAAGCCGGCGUCUCGCCUGGCUGGAUGAUGGUCGUAGGCGGCUGGUACAAGAAACGCGAACAAGCUUUCCGAAUGGGAGCCUGGUACUCGGCAACCGGUUACGUCUCCAUCUUCGCGCCGUUAAUCAACUACGGUCUGGGUCAUAUCCGUGGAGCCUUGAGUCCUUGGAGAUACAUGUACCUCGUCGCCGGAGCCAUUACAAUCGCUUGGUCAGCGCUGAUAUAUUUCCUAAUGCCACCGGACCCGAUCCGUGCGAAGCGGUUCGAAGAAAGAGAACGGUAUAUCGCUGUAGCACGACUCCGAGAGAACAAUUCCGGGGUGAGGAAUACGCAUUUCAAGGUCGGACAGGUGAAAGAGUUAGGGAUGGAUUUGAAAUUCUGGUUGUUGUUCUUGAUUGCUUUUUUCAUGCUUUUUAUCAACGGUCCCGUUUCGACUUUUAUCCCGAUUAUUAUUAAUCAGCUUGGAUUUACCGGGUUCACGAGUCUGCUUUUGAUUAUGCCUGGUGGAGCCAUCAUUGGGACUGUGGAGCUCAUGGCGCCGUUUUGUGCUAUGAAGUUCAAGAACAUGAGGUGUUGGAUUAUUGUUAUUACUGUGGCUUUUUCGCUGGUUGGGAGUCUCUUGCUUUGGCAGCUUCCUAUCGAGCAGACGGGUGGGAGACUCUUUGCUGUAUACAUUUUGGCUUUCUACGGCGGUGGCUAUGCGUGUUUGAUGGGAUUGACGGUGGCGAAUUGUGCGGGCUACACGAAGCGCAGUGUGAGUUCGAGUGGGAUCUUUGUUGGUUACUGCUUGGGCAACUUUGUCGGACCUCUCAUCUUCUACGAGAACGAAGCGCCGUACUACAACACCGGCUGGAUCACGACGGUCAUCAGCUUGAUUGCGACGAUUCUCCUGACAAUCCUGUAUCGAUAUGUCUGUGUAUGGGACAAUAGACAGCGUGAUAAGACGGGCUCGGAAGCCUUUGAUCAUGCUUAUGAGGAUGAUUUCACGGACAAGACGAACAAGCAGUUCAGAUAUACUCUCUGA